AUGGCUCGGCCGGGCGCUGGCGGGGCGCUGCUGCGGGUUCUCCUCUCCCAGCUCCCGCCGGCCGCGCGCGGGGCGCCGCCGCUCGGGCUCCGGGGACCUGCUGCUGCUGCUGCCUCCUACGGUACUUCAAUAACAUCUGCUAAAAUCAAAGUGAAUGGAGUGCCCCUGUAUUAUAAACAGACAGGACAAGGGGAUCAUGCAGUUCUGCUUCUUCCUGGGAUGUUAGGGAGUAGUCAAAGUGAUUUUGGACCACAGCUCAAAUCUAUGAACAAGCAGCUGUUCACAAUAGUUGCCUGGGAUCCUCGGGGCUAUGGACAUUCUAUCCCUCCAGCUCGAGAUUUUCCUCCAGAUUUCUUUGAAAGAGAUGCAAGAGAUGCUGUUGAUCUGAUGCAGGCACUGAAGUUUAAGAAGUUCUCUUUGCUGGGAUGGAGUGACGGUGGGAUUACAGCUCUCAUAGCAGCUGCAAAACAUCCAACCCUUAUCCACAAGUUAGUUGUUUGGGGAGCAAACGCUGUUGUCACUCAGGAGGAUCUGAAGCUUUACAAUGCUAUCCGAGAUGUUUCAAAAUGGAGUGAAAAGAUCAGGAAACAAAUGGAAGAAAUGUACGGACAUGAAUAUUUUGCAAAAACAUGUGAGGCCUGGGUGGAUGGAAUAUCUCAGUUUGCUGACAAGCCAGAUGGUAACAUUUGUCAACAUUUACUGCCUCACAUAAAGUGUCCAACAUUUAUAAUACAUGGUGGGAAAGACCUUUUGGUACCACAGUUUCACGCUGAAUAUCUUCACAAGCAAAUCAAAGGGUCACGGUUGUUUCUGAUGCCAGAAGGAAAGCACAAUCUACAUUUACGCUUUGCAGAAGAAUUCAACAAAUUAGCAGAAGAUUUCCUCCGAUAAUAGAGUUUAACAAAUUAAGUGUAUGUAAGGUUAUCUUAGUAUAUUUAAUUAUUAUAUUCCCCCUCUUUGGCCCAUCCGAGUCAUGUCACUGAUUUUAUUAGCAGUUUGAUUCUCCAUUAUAAGAAACUGUAAAAGGAAAU